CCUGGACGCCACAUCUGAGUUUCAAGAAAAACCUCUCAGAGACACCACUGCUGGCACCAUGGACACAGAAACCCGUGAGGAGUUGUCAGGUGUCUCAGGCCUCAUUAAGGACACCACUUUAUUUCUCAUGGAUAAACUGAUCCCAGAGGAUGUGCAGUAUCUGGCUACUGAAGAUGAAGCAUGGGAGGUGUUCCUGGCUGAGACUAAUUUGUCCAGGGAAGAGGCUGAUGAGCUGCGUCAAGCUCUGAAGAAGCUCACAGCAGUCAUGGCUGUAGAGGAAAAAGAGAAGUUCCAGAAAGACCUGCAGGAGUGA